GUACUGACACAGUGACACUGUAGCAUGACUUAAAUAGAUUCGACGUAUCAAACUUGCUAUUUCGCCGUUUCAGCUGCCUACCUUGUGAAGAAGCUAAACGAGAAGUCGGUUUCUGAAAUCAUUCAGGGGGCCGGUUACUAGACUUGCUCGCACAAACUUAAAAUUAUCAGUCCAUUAACAUAGAGGAUGGUGUUGUUGAGGAGGAGGUUGAAUUGCUGUACAUGGUUCAAGGGAAUCAGCAAUAGCAUCGACCUUGAUCAACCACCUGACAGAAUUAUGACCUACAACGGACUUGAGAGCUGCAUUCUCAAUGCUAACUCUUACGAAGAUGAAAGUGUAGCAAGCAAAGGAGAUGGAUUCCCAACCGAUUCACCAGAUGAAGAUACCUCGAGCUGUUGUUCUAGCAACAAUCCUUCUGGGUCCUCUUUUUCUCAGUGGACUACGAUGAAGAGGGACGAGCAUGGACUAGACGAGUGGGAGUACUCAGAUAGCCCAAGCCCGUUCAUUGCCAAAGAGAAACCAUCUUAUGCAGUUCAAUUCUCGGAUGUGGAGGUAAUGAAAGAAAAAUUUGCAAAACUCUUGUUGGGUGAAGAUACUACAGGAGGACGCAAUGGAGCCUCCACUGCUUUGGCUUUGUCCAAUGCCAUAACAAAUUUAGCCGGAGCCGUUUUUGGAGAACUAUGGAAGCUUGAACCUCUGCCGGAGGAGAAGAGGAUUAAAUGGAGAAGAGAGAUGGAGUGGUUGCUUUCUCCUACCAACUAUAUGGUUCAGUUAAUUCCUGCUAAGCAAUGUGGUGCAGACGGCAGGAUAUUAGAGAUAAUGACACCAAAAGCUCGUGGAGAUAUUCAUUUGAAUCUCCCAGCCCUACGAAAGUUAGACUCCAUGCUUCUUGAAACACUGGAUUCGAUGAUCGAUAUGGAAUUUUGGUACGAGGAAGGGGGUAGCCGAGCAGAAGGAAGAAGCAGGAAUGUAAAGCAAAGCAAAAGAUGGUGGCUUCCUAUGCCACAAGUACCCAUAGGUGGCCUCUCCGAUGGUGGAAGAAAGAAAUUGCUGAAUCAGGCAAAAUUGGUUCAUCAAAUUUUCAAGGCUGCCAAAUCGAUAAAUGAGACCAUCCUGCUUGAAAUGCCGAUACCAAAAAUCAUCGCUGAGGCACUUCCCAAGUCUGGAAAGGCUAGCCUUGGUGAGGAUCUUUAUAGGAUACUAAACAGAGUCCCCUCUUCGGCUGCUGGUAUGCUGAAAUCUCUGAGUUUAAAAUCUGAAAACAACGCCCUCGAUGCCAUUAACAGAUUGGAAGCAGCGAUACAUGCAUGGAAAGAGAAGAUCGAGGAACAUGACGCAGGUAAAUCUCCUGCAAGGACAUCAUGGUCAUUCAAGGACCCUAUUUUGGAACUUGAUAAGAUGGAGUUGUUAAUAAACCGGGCUGAAGAUCUUUCACGGGAAAUCCAUAUCAGAUAUCCAAACCUUCCUCAAAAGUUUCUAGAUGUCAUGAAAAUCCAAUACAGCAAGGAUGUUGCUCAUGCAAUCUUAGAAGCUUAUUCUCGUGUUCUUGGAAACUUGGCAUUCAGCAUACUGACAAGAAUCGGAGACAUCUGUCAGGAAGACGUUUUGAGUGAUCCCGAUUCGCCAAUGGCAACAAAUAGCGUUCCGGGGCUGAUGAUUCACGGGAUGUCGGGUUCGAAUAAUACAACACUAAUCGAUGAAAUGAAUAGCAUAGAGGGAAAGUUGGGUUCAUUACAAGCAGAAGAGGCUUCAAUUUUAAGUGAUGAACCAUAUACAAGAUCGGUGACAGCAACGCCUAGUAGAAUCUCUGGAUGUUGUCUUGGCAAAGAGGCUUAUUUCAUGUCCCCUACAGCCACCCCUUGAUCUUGAUCUUGAUCUGGAUGACAUCCUAAUGUUUUGUAAAUGAUGUUAUAUUAUGCUUAAUAUGAAACACCAAAUUA